AUGAUGACUGGGAAAUGGACAAGGCCCCUCCCCCUCACCCGCCCCCGCGUCGCUCCCUUGGGGCGACUCGGGCGGCCCCCAACCCUAGCACGCCGCCGGCCUCUCCCCUCCUUCCUCCAGACCUUGCCGCCACUGGAGACUGCCGCCGGCAAGCCCGCGCGGCGCCAAGGAAGGUGGCGGCGAGGCUUGCCGCUCCUGCCUCGCGUGGAGGGCAUGGUGUGCCGGGGUGGCGGCCCCGGUCAAGGUGGGCAGCGCUGCUCCCUGCGGCGGACGGCGGCUGCGGGUGCUCGGCUGGGCUCCUCGGCUUGCUUGGGCGGCGAGGCCCCGGUGGAUGGAGCUCGCGGUGGCCGGAUUUCCUCCGUCGGUCCGCCUCCAGAUCUGAUUCGACCAGCUCCAACUCCACCCUCCUCGCCUUCUCCCGUUCGAUCUCAGCUCCGGUGCGACUCUGCUCGCCGGAUCCGGCGGUUGGCGGUGUUUUGGCGGUGGGGCUCCUGGGACCGGGGGAAACCCUUGGCCGCCGGCGGCGGCCACAACGACGACGAUGCCGCGGCGUCGAACUACUUCUUGGAGGCUUCGUUGAGGUAUCCCACCCCCCACCAAUCUGCCCCUGCAUCUAGGUGA